AUGAAGACGUACGAUGAAUUGGUUCGAGAGUGCACCACAAGGGAAUUGAGAGCGAAGUGUGAAAGACGAGGAUUGCCAUCGACGGGCAAUAAAGACGAAUUGGCAAAGAGGAUCGUGGCCAGGAAGCUACAAAAUUGUGACGGUGGAGCGAAGCUCUGCAAAACUUUGGAGAAAGACAGACUCCAAGGCAAAGAUGGAAAAACUUUGGAGAAAGACGGACUUCGGGGCAAAGACGGCAAAACUUUGGAGAAAGACGGACUCCAGAGCAAAGACGAUGCUAGCAAUGGAUCACAGGACGAAUUCCAGUGCAGCAAUGACGAAAAGAUGAGGCGAAAGCCAGUAAAGGAAAGACGAGAUCAGCUUCAAUUCUAUGAUGUGGAAGGAAGCAUUGAAGAGUUCAGUGGAAGCAAAUUUGAAGACGUACGACUGUGGCUGGAAGAAUUUGAUGACGUAGCUGAGAUGGCAGGAUAUUCAUCAAAGCAAAGAAUUUUGAUGUGUAAAAAAUUCUUGAGAGGAACAGCGAGAAAUUUUAUCUUUGCUGAGGGAACUGCGACUUCGUGGAGAGAAAUGAAAAGGAUGCUUGUGGAUGAAUUUGGAAAGCGAAUUAGUUCCGUAGAGAUUCACCGACGUUUGAGCAGCAAGAAGAAGAAGGAUGAUGAGACAUACCUGGAUUAUGUGUACGAGAUACAGAGGAUUGGAAAAAUGGGAAAUGUAGACGAAUCUUCUUUGUGUGAGUACGUGUGUGAUGGAAUUCCAGGAGAUGAAAUGGAAAAAAUAGUUCUGUACGAUGCUAAAACGAUUCGUGAAUUGAAGAUGAAGUUGGAACGUUACGAGAGGCAAAUGGAGAUACGCAAGAAGUACGUUGAGGUCGAAGAUGAAGAUGAAAUAUCCGAAGAAGAUUAUGAUUCCGAGGAGGAGGACGAAGAAGCUGAAGAGAUUGAAGAGAAUUCUGAUGAUGAAACAAGCGAGGAAAACGAUGAAGAAUCUGAAGGAAGUGAUGAGAAAUCCGAAGAUGAGGAAUCAGAGGUUGAGAAAUCUGAAACUUGGGUGAAUUCGAUUAUUGUGGAGGAAGAUGUACAAAUUACAAGCCCUGAAAUGAAAUCAGAAGAGAACGAUGAUCAAGCUGAUGAUGAGAAAAUGAACGACAAGAAUGAUGUCAAGAAAUCCGUGAGUAAAUUAGAAGUAGUUGCUGUGAUGAACGAGAGAAGGAUUUUUGAGAUCGCUGAGAUGGAAUUUUACGAAGAAAUGAUGAAGAAGCUGUCGGAGAAUAACAGUGGUCCAAGGAUGUUGUAUGUGGACUACCGCGAGAUCAAUAGCAAAAUUAAGGAAUUAUGGUGA